CUAAAGUCACUCCAAGAAAGUCAGCUUUUAUUUCACAAAGAACUGAAAACAAGGCUCUUCUUGUGUAUUUUCUGGUCCGUCACAUAAAGUUGAAUGGGGUAAGGGAAAAAGCUCCGCAAGGUGACCAUUUUCUGUUAAAUUCAGAUGGGUAGUAAGUCACUUUGAUAACAAAACAACUAACUUCAUCCCUUUUUAAUUCUAUGGAGCAUUUCCAUUAUCUGUUCAGAUGUAAAAUGGUGCCUUUCUUCACCUAUGCCCAGUAUUUGUUGCCCAAAACAUAGCUGAAAUGGUGCAAGAGAUACAAAUCCUGGAGAACAGAAAGGAAAGAGAUUUGGAGAUUUUUACCCCUUCUUUAUGCAUCAGAGAAGAUGCCCUGCAUGAAUUUGCUCCACAGGCCAGCAAGAGUCAACUUAAAAUUAACUGGAGUAGCAGUGGAGGCAAUCUUACAGGCCACGUGAAGAUCCACAUUACCUGUAAGUAUAAUGGAUCCACUUUUAAAUGCAGUGCUUUUAAGAGUAUCACCAAAAUGCCUUGCGUCUCAGGUUGUGACACAGCACCCUAGAGAGAUACUAAAAUGCCAGUGUCCUACCAAAGGUGUUCUCAAGGUGAGGGGUUGUUAGGCUUUGUCAUUACUUACUGCUGAAGACAAAUUUUAACUCAGACACUUCGAUGGCAGUGAUGAGGACAUACAAAGGUGGUUUUGUGUUUGUGACAAUGGGAAGAAGAAAAAUGUUGACUUCUCUUGGUUGAAACUUUCCAUGUAGUAACAACAAGUGAGCUGAAGCCUGCGUUGCUUCAAUACUGUAAGCAAUCCUUACUUCAGUUUUAGUCCUAAACAUUGUCAUCACUAAGAUUACCAAAGAAUCACUAGCCCUUUAUCUGUACCUCCUGCAUGAUCUGUUUUUAGUAGUACUGCAUGGAAGAACAUCUUAGAUAGGUUAAAGAGGGAGCCUUAUUUCCAGUUACAAUAGCAUAAUGCUUUUUGAAGCAUAAAGCAGCAACAUGUUUUCAUAUCUAACACUACGUACCUGUAUUCUAGUAUACUGUUUAUGGAAAAUCUAUGCCAAGAAGAUAUGGAAUUCUGAGACAGAAACUGUUUAGUGUUAUUCAGAAGAAGAACCCAUUGUAUAAACUUAUUUAAACAUAAUCCAUUACAUUUUUAAAUUUUCUUCCUUAGCUUGAUAAAUUACCUCUCUCUUUGCAUUUACUCCACAGUAUUUGCUUAACAGAAGAUACACAAGCUUCUUUUUAUUAUGCAGAAAAAAAAAAAAAAAACAACUUCUUUUCUCUCUGCUGGUUUAUGUAAAAUUCAACACAAUCUCUUUGGAGAAUGGAAAAAACAGAAGGUUUUAGGAGUCCAGUAAGGAUAUAAGGAAGUCAGCAAAUAACUAUCACAGUUUUAAAGUGCAUUCAAAAUGCAGAUCUCUGACAUCAAUAAAAAAAAACAAAAAAAAAAACACAUCACCUACAUUACCUCACAGCUAUUUGCAUAAAGGGUCCAGAGGCAGUACAGUAUAAGUACGGCGACACAAGCCAUCCAAAGAGAACUUAGCAACAGUUCUAUUGGAUACUGCAUGUGUCUGUAGCAGAAAAAGGGCAACUUCAAAGCUCAGAUGUGUUCAAUCCUUUAAAGCUGUUUGCAAUCUCUUGCCAGAUGAAUCUAGCAAAAAUCUGAAACUACAAACCAGGUAAGUUAUUAAAUCAUUUCCUUUUAAGCUGAUUCUAACUUUCCUUCUAAAGAUUGCUCUAAGCCAAAUAGCCUAUGUGAUAUUCUUAGGGCUGUUAUCCAAGGACUUUAUCAGAGGUGAUAGAAACCUGCCAAUAUGAUAAUAUGCUCAUCUAUUUUAAAAAUGCACAGAACUUGUUAACAUUGUGUAUUUCUUUUAUGUUCUUAGGAUGUAACUAAGCUAAAUGAUUGCUAUAGUAAUAUUAAAGAUAUAUUCCAUUCUAUUGAAGGAAGUCUGCUUACUGGAAAAUAAAUCAGUGGCAAGUGCUUUAGGAAUUCCAGUGUUAGCUGGUAGAAAUAGAAAAACAUUUGCUAUCUAGGCAAGUGGUAAUAGAGGAUACAAUUAUUAUUGUCUCUGCAAAAGAUGUUAGGUGCUUUCACAAUGCAAGAAAUCUCCCUAACUAACACAGCAUAGCUAUCUUCUUAUAUGGGCAAAUACAAACACACACAAGUACCUUAAAUAUAUAGAAAUAGAUAUUUAAAGCCUGGCUGUUAAAGUUGGACUUUUACUGAAGGUGGAAUGGAAGUGUUGUAAACCACAUUAUUUUAAAAUAAACCCUUGGCAAAAGAAAUGGCCUGUUGGAGAUUGUUAGUGCAGGUUUACAUGUGUAUACCUCAUGUAGGCAACAGUUAAUACUGGGUUCAAUAGGGAAAUUAUUUUUGGCUCUUGGCAAAAGGCAGAGCAAAAUCACUGGUUUUCCAAAUCAUCUGUAUAUCAUGAAGUUAGGUGUUUGAAAUGCUCGUAUUUAUACUGCCAGAAAAAAUGAAUGAGUACUUGGUCUCAAUUAUGAAGAAUUUACAGAUUCUCUGAAGAAUAUAAAUUAAACUGAGAGGUCUGUAACAGAAAUAAGAAGGGACCUUCGUAAGAGACUUCAAUCCCUACAGCAAUGCAGUAUUUCUUGCUCAGUGUCUGGCAAUAUGGCUAUUAUCGUUAGAAUUCUUUUGCUCCAUCCUCCUCCCCUGUUGUUCUCUUUCCCACGGAAGUUGCAGGAACCCCUGUCUCACAAUGCUGUCUAUCCAGCUGCCACUGCUACUCCUCUGCCUGACCUUAUCCAGUGUUUGCCUCAAUGGGGGGCAGCCCCUUCCAGAAGCAAGUGAGAACAUGGGAAGAAGUCCCCUGGAUGACAUCCUGCAGAGAUCUGAAAGCCUCAUCCUUCAGUCUGUCCUCAAGAAAGCUGAAAAGAAAGAAGAGAUGAAUAAAGAAUUAAAUGCCCCUCUGCCAGAAUGGCUUUCCAAAAGACAACACCCCGGAAAAAGAUACAUAAGCGACCUGGAAAAGAGACAGCAUCCUGGAAAAAGAGAUGUCAAGGAAGAAGCAUCUUACGGAGACAUUCAGAAGAGGCAGCAUCCAGGGAAAAGGGAGGUAGAAGACGACCUUGUCAGCUAUCUGGAGCUGAAAAAGCAACAGCAUCCUGGCAGAAGGUCACCGUGGGACCAAUAUGCUGACAUCUCUAGUGCACAGCUAACUUACUUGAAUGGGUUAUCCAAAAGACAGCAACCAGAGAGAGGGUAUCUGAUGCAUAAACAUCAGCAUCCUAGCAAGAGAGGCUGGAAUGAUGAGCUAGACCUAAGCGACCAUGAUGGGGAGAAACGCCAGCACCCUGGAAAAAGGCACUGGGAUACUGACAACCCAGAUUAUGCAGGUCCCUGUGACCUUCAGGAGUCCUCCACCUGUAACAAAGGCAGCUUGUGGGUUGAUUUACCAGAAAAUUUUAGCAAAGACAGGGUAGAAGAAAAACGUCAGCACCCAGGAAGGAGAUCAACAUGGGAGAGUGAAACAGAGGAAUGA